AUAUUUCUGGUGAGUGACAGUAUAUAAGCGCGGGCGCUACCCCUGGCGGGGGACUGCAGUUGCUCGAGUCUUCUCCUCCAACCUAACUACCACCAAAGACAACUGAGCUAACAUGGCAUUCGCCGGCGUUCUCAACGAUGCUGACAUCACUGCAGCCCUGGACUUAUGCAAAGCUGCCGACUCAUUCGACCACAAGACCUUCUUCGCCAAGGUUGGACUCUCCAGCAAAUCUGCUGAUGAGGUGAAGAAGGCCUUCGAGAUCAUCGACCAGGACAAGAGUGGCUUCAUUGAGGCCGAGGAGCUGCAGCUUUUCCUCCAGAACUUCUCAGCUGGCGCAAGAGCACUGACUGAAGCCGAGACCGAGAAGUUCAUGGCGGUUGGCGACAGUGACGGCGAUGGCAAGAUUGGAGUUGAUGAGUUCUCUGCCAUGGUUAAGGCCUAAACUACACAUGCAGCUAACCAACAGAUCUAGCUCCGAAGGAAAACCACUGCCCAAGACCUCCUGUUUUCAUCUAAUAAAACGUGAUUUUUGUAUUAUUUGUGGAGAUUCCUCCCUCGCGGCACAUUGUCCAAAAUGAUGGUUGUGAAUGUCGGUUGCGUCCAAUGUCUUAAAUAUGACUUUUGCUAAUUGUGAAAUGUUCAAUGCACUUUGCGAGAACGAACGAUGAGGAAAAAAGAAUAAACAUUCUUUUGCAAUA